ACUUCCCUGUCAUUUUUCCCGUACUCUAUCGUCUUCGCCUGGUAAGGCGGAGGCAGCACACACUCACACAAACGUGACAGAAGCAUCGUCCGGGGUUCCCCCGAUGCUGCCGCCGCUAUGAACCUGAGACAGCGCCCGGCGGUCCCUCGCGGUGGUCCGGGGUAUGGCUCCGUCUACGGCCCCAACCACGGCCUCGACGGCUCGGCCCCAUUUCCCACCCCCGUCUCAUCUGAAUCCUUCAACAUCAUUCCGGUUCACAGUCACCUUGCGGUUGCGGAUCACCACUCUCUUCGUUGCCCUGAAGUCCGCGCCGUCGCUGGUGCCCUCCGCAACGUCGGAGACCUUCGCAUGCCCCCGUUCGUUCCAUGGCGCGAGGGCAUGGACCUCCUUGACUGGCUAGGCGUCUCUUUUGGCUUCCAACGCGACAACGUUCGCAAUCAGAGGGAACACCUUGUGCUUUACAUUGCCAACGCCCAGAUGCGCCUCCAUCCCCCUCCUGUCGACGUCGACGUCCUCGACCUCAACGUCCUACGCCGAUUCCGUCGCAAGCUGCUGCACAACUACACAUCUUGGUGCUCUUACCUCGGCCGCAAAUCCAGCGUCUUGCUACGCAGUCGCCGUGAUGACUCCCGCCGCGAACUCCUGUACACUUCUCUUUACCUCCUUGUAUGGGGCGAGGCUGCUAAUCUCCGCUUCGUCCCUGAAUGUAUCUGCUACAUUUUCCACCACAUGGCGAAGGAGCUUAACGCGAUCCUCGACGACUAUGUAGACGGACCUCCUACCCCUUUCACCUGUGGCGAGAAUGGGUUCUUGAUCCAUGUCGUUACUCCUAUUUACCGGAUAAUUAGUGCUGAGGUUGAUAGAAGCCGUAACGGCACCGCCCCUCAUUCGGCUUGGAGAAAUUACGACGAUAUUAACGAAUAUUUCUGGAGCCACCGCUGCUUCCGCCGACUCGGGUGGCCACUCAAUCUUAACAGCAAGUUCUUUCAAACUAAGGGUAAGGACAAGGGCGUGGGUAAGACGGGUUUUGUUGAACAGAGGUCUUUCUGGAAUAUAUUUCGCAGCUUUGAUCGGCUCUGGGUUAUGCAUAUAUUAUUUCUCCAGGCCGCCAUUAUUGUUGCUUGGGAGGGCACGGAGUUUCCGUGGACGUCACUGGAGAGUCGUGAUGUUCAGGUUCGGCUGUUCACUGUAUUCAUUACCUGGGGAUGUCUUCGUUUCCUCCAGUCAGUGCUUGAUGCCGGGACUCAGUACAGUUUGGUCACAAGGGAAACAUGGUUAGUCGGGGUGAGAAUGGUACUGAAGAGCAUUGUUGCCAUAGUAUGGACUGUUGUUUUUGGUGUCUUCUAUGGAAGGAUUUGGUCCCAGAGGAAUCACGACGGAAGGUGGUCUGAUGAGGCAAACCGUAGACUGGUGGCUUUCCUCGAGGCUGCGCUCGUUUUCAUAUUCCCGGAGCUUUUGGCUUUAGCUCUUUUUAUUGUACCUUGGAUUCGGAACUUCCUUGAGGAAACAAAUUUCAUCUUGUUCUAUAUUUUAACUUGGUGGUUUCAGAGUAGGACCUUCGUAGGCCGUGGCCUUAGGGAAGGUCUCGUGGAGAAUAUAAGGUAUACUUCGUUUUGGGUUGCCGUUCUUGCUUCAAAGUUCACCUUCAGUUAUUUCCUCCAGAUAAAGCCCAUGGUUGCUCCGACGAAAGCUGUUUUGAAUCUCAGGAAUGUGUCUUACAAUUGGCAUGAAUUCUUUGGUAACACUAACAGAGUAGCAGUAUUCUUUUUGUGGCUUCCAGUGGUUUUGAUUUACCUCAUGGAUUUGCAGAUCUGGUACUCAAUUUUUACCUCCAUUGUUGGGGCAAUAGUUGGGUUGUUCUCCCACCUGGGUGAGAUUCGGAACAUGGAGCAACUGAGGCUGAGGUUCCAGUUCUUUGCAAGUGCAAUACAGUUUAAUCUCAUGCCGAAGGAGCAACUUCUGAAUGCAAGGGGGACAUUGCUGGGAAGGUUGCAUGAUGCCAUUCACCUGUUGAAACUGCGGUAUGGGCUGGGCCGGCCAUUUAUGAAGAUUGAAUCGAACCAAGUGGAGGGGAAGAAGUUUGCCCUACUGUGGAAUGAAAUAAUUAAAACUUUCAGGGAAGAAGACAUUAUUAGUGAUCGUGAAGUGGAGCUCUUGGAACUGACACCAAACAUGUGGAACAUUAGGGUCAUUCGCUGGCCAUGUUUUCUUCUGUGCAAUGAGCUGCUUCUUGCUCUCAGCCAUGCAGCAGAGUUGGUGGAUGCACCUGACCAAUGGCUCUGGUAUAAGAUUGGCAAGAAUGAAUACAGGCGAUGUGCUAUUGUAGAAGCUUAUGAUAGCAUCAAAUAUAUGCUCAUUCAGAUUGUCAAACAUGGCACUGAAGAGCAUUCCAUUGUUAGGCAUGUGUUCCUGGAAAUUGAUAGUGCACUUAACAUUGGGAACUUCACUAAGACGUAUAAAACAACUGCAUUGCCACAGUUACAUGCCAAAUUGGUAACCCUUGUUGAGCUCCUUACCAAGCCCAAUAAAGAUGUAAAUAAGGCAGUGAAUGUAUUGCAGGCCUUGUAUGAAAUAUACAUUCGAGAUUUCCCCAAGGUGAAGAGGACCAUGGAACAGCUGAGGGAGGACGGCUUGAUGCCUCUCAAACCUGUUACCAGCAGAGAAUUGCUUUUUGAGAAUGCUGUUCAGUUGCCUGACAUUGCAGAUGUAUCUUUCUAUCGGCAGGUGCAGCGUUUGCAGACAAUUCUUACAUCUAGGGACUCGAUGCAUAACAUCCCAAGGAAUUUUGAGGCAAGACGCCGUCUAGCCUUCUUUAGCAACUCGUUGUUCAUGAACAUGCCCCAUGCUCCUCCAGUUGAGAAAAUGAUGGCUUUUAGUGUUUUGACACCUUAUUACAAUGAGGAAGUCCUGUACAGCAAAGAACAAUUGCGGACGGAAAAUGAAGAUGGAAUUUCUACCCUGUUUUAUUUACAAAAGAUCUAUGAAGAUGAUUGGGGGAAUUUCAUAGAGCGAAUGCGCCGACAGGGGAUGGUGGGUGAUGAAGAGAUCUGGACGAAGAAGCUGAGAGACCUCCGUCUUUGGGCAUCCUACAGAGGCCAGACGCUAUCUCGUACUGUAAGGGGAAUGAUGUAUUACUAUAAGGCUCUCAAGAUGCUGGCAUUCCUUGAUUCUGCAUCCGAGAUGGAGAUCAGGGAAGGAGCACAAAAGCUUGCUUCUGUUGGUUCCGUGGGGCUAGAUGGCAUUUUGAAUGGUCACAGCUCAGGUAUCCAAGAGUCUUCAUGGAGUCUGAGUGGGGCGAAUAGUGAUGCAAGUAUUUUGUUCAAAGGCCAUGAAUAUGGUAGUGCCCUGAUGAAAUAUACAUAUGUAGUCGCCUGCCAGAUUUAUGGGACACAAAAGGCAAAGAAAGAUCCUCGAGCUGAAGAUAUUUUAUAUCUAAUGAAAUGUAAUGAAGCUCUUCGAGUUGCCUAUGUUGAUGAGGUUCACAAAGGGAGGAAUGAGGUUGAGUAUUACUCUGUUCUUGUGAAGUAUGAUCAGCAGUUGCAGAAAGAGGUGGAAAUCUACCGGGUUAGGUUGCCUGGUCCCUUAAAGCUUGGAGAGGGUAAACCAGAGAAUCAGAACCAUGCUAUUAUCUUUACCCGUGGUGAUGCUGUUCAGACCAUUGACAUGAACCAGGACAACUUUUUUGAGGAAGCCCUUAAGAUGCGGAAUCUAUUGGAGGAAUAUAAUACCUAUUAUGGUAUCCGGAAGCCUACUAUUUUAGGAGUCCGUGAACACAUUUUCACUGGUUCUGUGUCCUCUCUUGCUUGGUUCAUGUCUGCACAGGAGACAAGCUUUGUUACCUUGGGACAGCGUGUUCUUGCAAACCCUCUCAAGGUACGAAUGCAUUAUGGCCAUCCUGAUGUGUUUGAUAGGUUAUGGUUUCUGACUCGAGGUGGCAUUAGUAAGGCUUCCAGAGUAAUCAACAUCAGUGAAGACAUAUAUGCUGGAUUUAAUUGCACAUUACGAGGUGGCAAUGUGACACACCAUGAGUACAUCCAGGUUGGUAAGGGAAGGGAUGUUGGAUUGAAUCAGAUAUCAAUGUUUGAGGCUAAGGUUGCUAGUGGCAAUGGUGAGCAGGUUCUGAGUAGGGAUGUAUACCGGUUGGGUCAUCGACUGGAUUUCUUCAGGAUGUUGUCGUUCUACUACUCUACUGUGGGGUUCUUUUUUAACACAAUGACGGUGAUCUUGACUGUUUUUGCAUUUCUCUGGGGUCGCCUUUAUCUGGCUUUGAGUGGGUUAGAGAAGGCCAUGAAGAAUAAUUCAAACAAUAACAAAGCACUUGGUGCAAUCCUGAAUCAGCAAUUUAUCAUCCAGCUUGGUCUAUUUACUGCUCUCCCAAUGAUUGUGGAAAACUCUCUCGAGCAUGGGUUCCUUCCUGCAGUAUGGGAUUUCUUGACAAUGCAGUUCCAGCUUGCAUCUGUUUUUUACACGUUCUCUAUGGGAACUCGUACACAUUUUUUUGGCCGGACAAUUCUUCAUGGUGGUGCAAAGUACCGAGCCACUGGGCGUGGUUUUGUUGUGCAGCAUAAGAGUUUUGCUGAGAAUUAUAGACUGUAUGCCCGUAGUCACUUUGUAAAGGCAAUUGAGCUUGGAGUGAUACUUACUGUUUAUGCUUCACAUAGUGUUGUUGCCAAGGACACCUUUGUUUAUAUUGCCAUGAGCAUCUCAAGUUGGUUCUUGGUAGUAUCAUGGUUCAUGGCCCCCUUUGUGUUCAACCCUUCUGGAUUUGAUUGGUUGAAGACUGUGUAUGACUUUGAAGAUUUUAUGAACUGGAUAUGGUAUCGGGGAGAGAUUUUCACUAAAGCCGAACAGAGCUGGGAGACUUGGUGGUAUGAAGAACAGGAUCAUCUGAGAACUACUGGUCUUUGGGGAAAAUUAUUGGAGAUAAUUUUAGAUCUCCGUUUUUUCUUUUUCCAGUAUGGGAUUGUGUACCAGCUUGGCAUCUCUGCUGGAAACACUGCUAUUUCUGUUUACUUGCUAUCUUGGAUCGGUAUAGUUGCAGGUGUUGGAACUUAUAUGAUAAUAGCAUAUGCUCAGGACAAAUAUGCUGCAAAGGAGCAUAUAUACUAUCGGUUGGUCCAGCUCCUUGUCAUUACAGUUACAGUGCUUGUGAUAAUUGUCUUUCUGGAAUUCACCCAUUUCCAGUUUUUUGAUAUCAUCGCGUGUUUGAUGGCAUUUAUCCCAACUGGGUGGGGAUUAAUAUCCAUAGCACAGGUACUCAGGCCAUUUCUGCAGUCCACUGUGGUCUGGGACACCGUGGUUUCUCUAGCCCGUCUGUAUGAUAUGCUUUUUGGUGUAAUUGUUAUGGCCCCUAUGGCACUACUAGCAUGGCUUCCUGGCUUCCAGUCCAUGCAGACAAGGAUCCUCUUCAAUCAAGCAUUCAGCAGGGGUCUCCAGAUAUCUCGCAUUCUAACAGGCAAAAGAUCUAAUGUUGAUUUGUGAUAUGAGUAGUAAAUUGGGGUCUAGCUGCGUCAUUUGUUUCGUUUAUUUAAUAGCGUAUAUGUUGGGACGAAGCCUGUUAGCGCAUGGCUGUGGCAAGGAGCAAUAUCCAUGUGAGGUUUAAAAAUGGAACUAGGUGUAGAAAACUAGAGUAGAGAGGCUGCAGCUUCAAUUCCACUGACAAACGUUCUUAGUGUGAAAUCCGCAGAGGUGGGUUCCAUCUUUGUUUCUAUCAACUUCAUGGAUGGAAAAAAUGUAAUCAUGUCUUCAUCUCGGCCCACCUUCCCUGUACUUGUCAUUUAACGGAUUUUUGAAUGCUUCCCUUCAUGUCUAACACUAGCCUGAACACGUAAAUAAUUUUCAAUAGAGGCCUUUGCUUUUAGGAUCGUCUUCCUCCCCUUCUACAAGGUACAACUCUUAACGUUUUUCACAAUCCCUGUGGUCCUGGUCCUGGUAGUUCGUUGAGAGUGGGUAAUUUGGAUUUUGGAUCUCUUGUGUAUAUUUAUUUACUAUGAUCUCAUUAUUUUCUUUU